AUGGCUGCAGCAAUUGCCAGCUCCCUCAUAAGGCAGAAAAGGCAGGCGAGGGAGCGGGAGAAGUCUAAUGCCUGCCGCUGCGUUAGCAGCCCAAAUAAAACCAAAGGAGCCUGUGAAAAACCCAGUCGACUGAACGUUUUCUCCCGGGUCAAACUUUUUGGCUCCAAGAAGAGAAGAAGGAGGCGACCAGAGCCCCAGCUGAAGGGGAUUGUGACGAAGCUGUACAGUCGACAAGGUUUCCACCUGCAGCUGCAGGCAGAUGGAACCAUUGAUGGAACAAAGGAGGAGGACAAUGGUUACACCAUGUUCAACCUUAUUCCAGUGGGGCUACGAGUGGUGGCCAUCCAGGGGGUGCAGACCAAACUCUAUCUGGCUAUGAACAGUGAGGGCUACCUGUACACAUCAGAACACUUUACACCAGAGUGCAAAUUCAAGGAGUCGGUGUUCGAGAAUUAUUAUGUGACAUACUCUUCCAUGAUAUACCGGCAGCAGCAGUCGGGCAGGGGCUGGUACCUCGGUCUGAACAAGGAAGGAGAAAUCAUGAAGGGGAACCAUGUCAAGAAGAACAAGCCAGCAGCCCAUUUCCUUCCCAAACCUCUAAAAGUGGCAAUGUACAGAGAGCCAUCCCUUCAUGACUUGACAGAGUUCUCCCGCUCUGGCAGCGGCACACCCACCAAGAGUCGGAGUGCCUCAGCUGUGCUCAACGGAGGCAAAGCCGUGAGCCAGAAUGAGUCGACGUAGCCCGGCAGCUAACCCAGGCCUGGGGCUG